GACAUAUGUAUAAGAUGGACGAUGAUUUCUAUAAUGAUUCAGUUGGAGAUCAAGUACUUUUGGAAUUAAAUAUUACUAAUUUAACAUCCAAUUUGACUGAUAUUCACCAACAAACUACUACAGUAACAGAAAAAGAAAUUACUGAUAAAUUACACUCAUCAAUGACUAUACCAAAUCAAUUUAUUGAUUUUCCUUAUCCUAAACCAUAUUCACAACAGUUGGAACUGAUGCAAACAGUCUAUAAAACGCUGGAAUCUAAUUGUUGUGGUAUAUUUGAAAGUCCAACUGGUACUGGCAAAUCAUUGAGUUUAUUAACAGCAACAUUACGUUGGCUUUUAGAUUAUAAUGAAAAACAAAUAAUGUUAUUAAAUAAUCUUCAAUCUCAAUUAAAAUUAAUGAAUCAUGAAAAUAAAGAGAAUAAUACUAAAGGAUACGAUUGGAUAAUGGAAUAUGAUAAAAAUCGUUUAUUAAAACAACAAAUUGAACCUCAAAUUGAAGAUCUAUUAAUUUAUCAGUCUAGUUUACAAUUAAUUGAGAAAAUAAAAUUAUCUUCAUCCACUUCAUCAUCAUCAUUAUUAACUAAACAUCACAUUGAUUCUUCAAAUGUUGAUGAAAUAACUAUAACUGAAGCGAAUGCUGAUACUAUUGAUAUUGAACAAUUGAAAAAUAUCAUAGACGUUCCCGAUGAUCACCAUGACAAUGAUGAUGAUGAUAUAUUUCUGUGUCAACCCAAUGAGAACUUAUUCAAUAAACAUAAAAUUAAUGAAUUCGAUGAAACUGAAUUAAAUCAACAGUUUGAAAACCAACAACAAGAAUCUGAUAAUGGAUUAUUACGUGUCAUUUAUUGUAGUCGAACCCAUUCUCAACUUGGACAAAUAGCUAAAGAAUUUGAAAAAUGUAAAACAUUAUUUGAUAAAGUUACAAUAAUUCAAUUAUCAUCAAGAAAUUUAUUAUGUAUUAAUGAAAACAUUUACCAACUAAAACACCCAGAUCUGAUUAAUAUUGCUUGUCUCGAAUUGAAUCGACCGCGUACUCAUAAAGAAGGUCAAUCGAAAGAUUUUAAAUGUCCAAUGCGUAAUUUAACAGCUGUUAAUAAUUUAUCCAAACAUCUAUUAAUUGGAAAUUCAGCUUUAAACAUAACUAGUAGUAUUAGAGGUAAACAAUUAAGUCAGUCAUCCAAAUCGAUUAAGACAGUGAGUAGUACUUCGAAAGAAUACCAAAAAGAUGAGACGUCAUUAGACAAUACACAAUUAUCUCAAAUUGGCUGUCCAUAUUAUGCUAAUCGUAAAGGUAUACCAUUAGCUCAAUUAAUUCUAGUACCAUAUUCAUCAUUGUUGCAAUUAUCAAAUCGUUUAGCAUCUGGUUUAACACUAAAAAAUUCCAUUGUUAUCAUUGAUGAAGCACAUAAUUUGUUAGAAGCAACAGCAUCGUCAAUGUCAGUCAGUUUGUCAUUGAUGAAUGAUAUAAACAAAUUGGAAGAGUUAUUUUCUGAUUAUUUACAAUAUUAUCGUUCACGUUUAUCAUCAUUUCUUAUAUUAAGACUACGUCAAAUGAAACAUUUUUUACAACAAUUGAAACUUUAUUUAAAUACUACGCUUAAAAAUAUUCAAUUAUCAUUAUCUUCCACAUCGUUUAAUGUUAUUAUUAAAACAGUGAAUAAAUUAUUUUCUGAAUCGAAUUUAGACAAUAUAAAUUUAAGCGAAUUUAUUGAUUGUUUGGAAUAUCAACAUUUUAUCAUGAAAUUAAUUGGUUUCUCUAAAUGGUCUAAUAUACGCAAAAAUUUCAAACAUUCAGACAAUGUUGCAACUAAUCAAACAGCUUGUUCAAAAAUGACAAAUUUAUUAAAUACUAUGAAAAGAAAAUAUUCUGAUGCGAAUAAUAAGUGUGGAAAUACAAGUCAAGUUUGUAUUUCAAAUAAAAAAUCUAAAAUAGAUAUUGAAAAAUCCGAAGGGAUCGGUUCUAGUUUAUUUAAAUUCCAUAGCUUUCUUCAAGCUUUAGAAUUUUCUGAAGAAGAUGCACGUAUAAUUAUUGAACCUAUGAAAAACUCAACAAAAUUAAAUCUAUCAAUCUCUCCAUCUGAUGUAUCAUCUUCGUCAAAUGACUGUACAGAUGAUACCCUAGAUUUGUGUCUACGUGUGAUAUUUUUAAAUCCUGGAAGGUAUUUAAAAGAUCUAGUACAAGAAGCUAAAAGUGUCCUUCUAGUUGGUGGUACAAUGCAACCAUUCAGUGAAGCUAUAGAUCAAAUAUUUAUACCAUCUGGUAAAUUACCCAAUGAAAUUGUCACAUUUACAUGUGAUCAUGUGAUUAAUGCCAAAAAACAAUUGGCUGUUUAUCCUCUAGGUGUACAUAAUCAUCAUUCUAAUGAACAAGCGUUUUCACUGGAUUUCACAUAUCAGAACCGUUCCAAUCCACAUAUGAUUGAUGUAUGCGGUGAAAUAAUUUUACAAAUAUGUCAACAAUUACCUGCUGGAAUUGUUGUGUUUACUCCAUCUUAUGAAUAUCAAUCAAUUUUAUAUAAUCAUUGGGAAUCAACAGGUUUAUUGGAUAAAAUAACAAAAUAUAAAAGUCUAUUUCAUGAACCAAAAACAACAGUUAACUUAGAUCAGAUUAUGCAAGCUUAUGCAGUAGCAGCUACCCAAAAACUUCAGCAUAAACAUGGUGCUCUCUUGUUAUGUGUGAUUGGUGGGAAACUGAGUGAAGGAAUAAAUUUUACGGAUGAUUUAGCACGAGUUGUGGUCAUUAUCGGCAUGCCAUAUGCGAAUCCACAGUCUCCAAUAUUAAGAGAAAAAAUGACUUAUUUAGAUCGGCACUUCAUCCGCAAUUCUCAUUCGGCACAAACUCCAGGUAGACAGUAUUAUGAAACAAUGUGUAUGCGUUCAAUAAACCAAGCCAUUGGUCGAUCUAUACGACAUGCAAAAGAUUAUGCUGUUGUCUUCUUACUGGAUAAUCGAUAUUGUCGUUCAACAAUCCAAACACAAUUGCCUAAAUGGGUUCAACAAAGUAUUAUUCAUCAACGACUAGAUGACAAACAACUAAUUUUGUUGUCAUCAUCAAAUCAACAGACAAAGUUCUUAAAUUUAUCAGAAGCUUUAGAACACGCUAAAAGAUUUUUCUCCAGCAAUAAAGAGUGUUUUGGAUGAAAGAAAUGAUUUUUUUUUCUAAAAACAGGAGAAAUUGACUUCGAUAAUAUUUUGAAUCACAUAUUUCUAUUCACUCGCAUUUUUAUAGAUUUAAGCACUUUUUUAAUUGCAUUUCAUAAUGUGUAGAAAAGAGAAUUUUUCAGAUGUGAUGAACAUAUUACAACCAGAAAAAUAAAGUUUAUUUUGAU